GUUUAUCUCACUGGCGGGCUAAAGGAAAUACGUCAACAGGCUAUACGUUAUGAAGAAAUCGUACGGUGAUGACAAGCAGUUCGUUUUGGAAGGGAAGAGCUGUACAUUGUUUGAUGACAAGGAAAAGGCUUUCGAAGUUGAGACUGGCAAACUUCUCAUACCUUGGUGGGGAGAUGAAUCAAUUUUAAUAGAUAGAUUUGAUGGGCGUGGAUAUCUCACUGAGGUCUGCGAGCAGGAUCCCGCUUUUGAUCUAAAAUAUGAAGAUUAUUUAUCUGAAGAUGAGAUAGCAAUCGAAAAAAUGUGCGAUUUUGAGCGUUAUUUGGAGAUGCAGGUCGACGUCCAUGAACUCGCAAUUGAAGCUGGUGAGUUUCUUUUAACAAUUGUGUUUUAAUAUGUUCUGCACUUACCAUCUUUGCCGAUUGUUAAUGUGACCUUAGCUUUUGAGUCGAUGUCCGUUUGGUAAACGCGUUGAUGAGAAUUUCGUUCUAUUUGGUAAGUUUUAUCUGUGAACUGAAUAAAGCAUAUUUUGGAUACUUAUGACUGUUACUAGAUUAACCUGGUAUGAAUUUUUGUUUGUAUUACUAUGUGUGCCAAUUGUAUAUAUUUUAUGCUGCAGAGAUUAACAACUUUUACAUCUGUUUAUACAUUGCAGGUUUUUUCGGAAUGCAACAUGCAAUACGAGCCUGGUGAGGCUAUGGGAAUAAGCAUACAUUCAAUGUAAUUAAACAUUAGUCAUUUUUUUUAAAAACAAACAAACUAUUGUACUUCUGUUUUUAUCCUCAAACAUAUAUACAUCAUUCAUUUCAUUUUUUAUUAUACAGAAGAGGCUCAAAAACGUGAAUCAGAAAAGUAUCGUAAUCAUUAUGGAGCUGUUGGUUUUUCUUACGAUGAAAAUAUUCCCGGGUCAAAUGGUAAUGGAUCCAGCCCUAGUAAAGAGUCAGGUGAGCCUGACAUUAAGGAACAACAAACUGAAGAACCAUAUAAUUGUCCACCUGAGCUGCAGCAAUUUGUGUCAAAUCUACAACUUCCAGAAACUGAUAAACAAGCUCAUAUCAUUGAAAAAACUGCUGUUUUUGUUGCACGAAAAGGAAAUCAAAUGGAAAUCGUUCUUAAAGCAAGACAACAUAAUAAUCCGCUAUUUGGUUUCUUAACCUAUGAUCAUGCACUUAAUCCAUUUUACAAGGAGAUUGUAAGAUUGGUCUCACAGGGUCGUUAUAUCCCGAAACCUCGUCAGACUGUAGAUAAACCCACUGGUACGCUUUUUACAGAAGCAAAUGAAUCAAAUAAAACGAUUCACGAAGAUGAAUAUGAAUUAAAGUUACCCAAAGUUGAUAUUUCGAAUACUCCUUAUGCUUCACUUAUUUCAAAGUUCAAAAAAAUUAAUGAAACGGCUGCGGCGUUGGCAGCAGCGAAUCUUGCUGCUAGUGCUACUUCCGAUGCUCAAUCUCGCGUGGCCACUCCUGAAGUGCUAAACGAAACAGCAGAUCCUCCACCUAGUUCUGAUGGGAUAGCUAAUAAUAAUGCUCCAGACAGCUUCGAAAACAAAGAGAAAACCGUAGAAUCAGAAAAUGAAACACCCUCACCUCAGUCUUCCUGUACAAAAGAUGAAGUUGCUGUAAAUUGUGAAACUGCUACCGCUGCUGCUGAUAAUGAUGAUGUUUCAGCCACUACUACUAUGGAUAAUUCUCAACCGGAGUUGACUGAUCCUUUAUCUCCUGAAGAAUAUGAACGUAUCUAUCAAGAAUAUUACAGACAUUACUAUGCACACUAUUAUACGCAUUAUACCAAUCAGUAUACUGUGUGUGGUCUAAUGAAGGAUGAACAUGAAGCCAGUAUUGUCCAAGAAGCUGCUAAAGCAGCCGCUAUAGCAGCUGCAGCUGCUGUCAACGUUGUUCAACAAACCCGUUUAAACACCAGUGCACCAGUGAUAUUUGAACCACCAAUGAAUGAUGACCAGCGUGGCAUUAUCAACAAAAUGGCCGAGUAUGUUGUUCGUAAUGGCUUAGAGUUUGAAGAACUAGUCAGUCGUCAAAAAACCAAAGAUCCACGAUUUGCAUUCUUGAAACCAGAUCAUCCUUUGCAUUCAUAUUAUAUGGCUAAACGAAGAGAAUUAGAUCCUGAUGACAGUUUGACUAAAGCUGCUGAUAAUAAUUUCAAUGAUAUUCCUUCUCCACCCAAGUCACCUAAAAUACGUUGUUCGAGAAAAAGGCAUUCGAGUAAUGAAGAGCCUUAUGGUCCCAAAGUAAAGAGUAACUCUCAUAAAAAAUCCCACUCACCAGAUUCUCACAAGAAAACGAAAGGUGAUUCCGAUAGCAGAAAUUCAGAACGUCAGACAAGCAUCAGUUUUCGGCUUAGUCGUCCAAUUCCCCCAGCAAAAUCUCAAUCUGCUCAUAAUAAUAAUGAUGAUACUUCUACUGAAAAGGCUAUGGAUAUAAUUGAAUCUGCUGUACGAGAGUACUCUAAAUCAGUUUCAAAGAGUUCAAAACGAAGAGAAGAACAACUGAAAAAAUCAAAUAUUCGUGAAAAUGAUGUCAAAUCAAAGAAAAGAAAACAUCGGUCACCUAACAUUCAUGUGAUACCUGGUAUUCCCAGUCCCAGUUCUUCAUCUUCCUCACAGUCAUCUCCACUUCACAAUGACAGUCCAUAUUCUGAUAGAAGUCAUUCUCAUAGAAGUUUGAACUCCAACUCUUCAUCUACUUCACCUGCCAACUCAAGCCAGUCAUCUGAACGACACGAUAGAUCUGAACGAGUUACUAACUUCCAGUCUCCUAAGUCGUCUGCCAGUAAUUCCCCAUCACCAUAUGCGAACAAUUCACAUUCUCCAGUGGAGUCAGCAUCUCAUUCGAGUGCUCACCUAACUUCCAAUUGGCCUUCUUGUGCUCUUGACGACUUAUUAGACAUACAUGAACCUACAAGUCUGCUAGAUUUCUCUGCAGAUGGCUAUCAAGUUACUAUCCCCACAGAAAAAGACGAGCGUUUACGGGAAGAAAGACGCAAAAAAGCUGCUCAGUUGGUACAUCAACUGAAACUGACAAGUUCUAUCAUGAAAACAACUUCAGAAAAUAAUAAUAAUAUCACAGCUGCAAAGCCUGUUACUACAACUGAUAUUCCCUCGAAGAAGAUGACUGAGCGUUCUCGUGUUUCACCUCCCCCAGCUCCUGACUCUGUCCCUGCAGCUGUAGCUCAUGCUGUAGUUGCUAAUCUUAAACGUCGUCAAGAAGCCCUGGAAGCUGAGAGUAAAUCUCGGAAGAAGCGCCACCGAUCACCGCCUGCAGCUUAUGCACUCACGCGUAAUCGCAAUACCGAUAGGUCGCCAAGAAGAUCACCAACUCCAAAACGGGAUUCCUAUGACCGUAUAGAUUUUAGAGAACCAGAUGAUCAGUAUUAUAAAUCAAAGAGAAAAUAUCAUAAAAAAUCUCACUAUUGAUUAUAUUAACCAAGAUAUUAUAUUACCUUAUUGUAAACGCUUGUACAUAUAUUGUAUUAAUUAUUUGUGAUACUACAGCUUUUGUAGCUGAUGUACAAAAGUUUAGGGUUGUUUUCAGUGAGUUACAAGUUUGUUGUUUUUACCUCUUACUGUAACUUUGUAAGAAUUAUGCAUUUUUUGUGCUAAUAAAUACUUGCUAAACACUAUAAA